CCCGGCUGCUGCAGCAGCGCUGCCCCCACCACCCCGCGCGCCGUGAUCGAUCGCGGGCUGCGUCAGAAUUCUCCCACAGUAUAAAUAGGGGUGUCAGGACAGCGCCGAGCCGCACACAGCCAUCCAUCCAUCCUCCCCUCUCCCUCUCUCCCCCGUACUUCUUUCUCUGCAGGUCCCCGUCUCCGCUGCGAGUCAGAGGGGCACCGGCCGCCACCAUGAGUUCCUUCAGCUACGAGCCGUACUACUCCACCUCCUACAAGCGGCGCUACGUGGAGACGCCUCGGGUGCACAUCUCUAGCGUGCGCAGCGGCUAUAGCACCGCGCGCUCCGCGUACUCCAGCUACUCCGCGCCGGUCUCCUCCUCGCUGUCCGUGCGCCGCAGCUACUCGUCCAGCUCUGGCUCCUUGAUGCCCAGUCUCGAGAACCUCGACUUGAGCCAGGUAGCCGCCAUCAGCAACGACCUCAAGUCAAUCCGCACCCAGGAGAAGGCGCAGCUGCAGGACCUCAACGAUCGCUUUGCCAGCUUUAUCGAGCGCGUGCACGAGCUGGAGCAGCAGAACAAGGUCCUGGAAGCCGAGCUGCUGGUGCUGCGCCAGAAGCACUCGGAGCCGUCGCGCUUCCGGGCUCUGUACGAGCAGGAGAUCCGCGACCUGCGCCUGGCAGCAGAAGACGCCACCAACGAGAAGCAGGCUCUGCAGGGCGAGCGAGAGGGGCUGGAGGAGACUCUGCGCAACCUGCAGGCACGCUAUGAGGAAGAGGUGCUGAGCCGAGAAGACGCUGAGGGUCGGCUGAUGGAAGCGCGCAAAGGUGCGGAUGAAGCGGCUCUGGCCCGAGCUGAGCUCGAAAAACGCAUUGACAGCCUGAUGGACGAAAUCGCCUUUCUGAAGAAGGUGCACGAGGAGGAGAUCGCUGAGCUGCAGGCGCAGAUCCAGUACGCGCAGAUCUCUGUGGAGAUGGACGUGUCCUCCAAGCCCGACCUCUCCGCCGCUCUCAAGGACAUCCGCGCCCAGUACGAGAAGCUGGCUGCCAAGAACAUGCAGAACGCCGAAGAAUGGUUCAAGAGCCGCUUCACCGUGCUGACCGAGAGCGCUGCCAAGAACACCGACGCUGUGCGCGCCGCCAAGGACGAGGUGUCCGAGAGCCGUCGCCUGCUGAAGGCCAAGACCCUGGAGAUCGAAGCGUGCCGGGGCAUGAACGAAGCGCUGGAGAAGCAGCUACAAGAACUGGAGGAUAAGCAGAAUGCUGACAUUAGUGCUAUGCAGGACACAAUCAACAAAUUAGAAAAUGAAUUGAGAACUACAAAGAGUGAAAUGGCACGGUAUCUAAAAGAAUACCAAGACCUUCUGAACGUGAAGAUGGCCCUGGACAUUGAGAUUGCAGCUUACAGGAAACUCUUGGAAGGUGAGGAGACCCGGCUCAGUUUCACCAGCGUGGGAAGCCUAACCAGCGGCUACUCCCAGAGUUCCCAAGUCUUUGGCCGAUCAGCCUACGGUGGUCUACAGACCAGCUCUUACUUGAUGUCAGCACGCUCCUUCCCUUCUUACUACACCAGCCAUGUCCAGGAGGAGCAGAUUGAGGUGGAGGAGACCACCGAGGCUGUGAAGGCUGAGGAAGCUAAGGAUGAACCCGCCUCUGAAGGGGAAGCUGAAGAUGAGGAGAAGGAGAAGGAAGAGGCUGAGGAAGAGGAAGGAGCCGAAGAGGAAGAAGCUGCCAAAGAAGAAUCUGAGGACGCAAAGGAGGAAGAAGGAGGUGAAGGUGAAGAAGAAGACACGAAAGAAGCUGAUGAGGACAAGAAAAAAGAUGAAGGUGCGGGGGAGGAGCAAGCAACCAAGAAGAAAGAUUGAGCCCCCUUUCCCUUAAUUAUUUCAGGACAACCCUCCCGAAACCAGGUCAACCCCAUCACCAACCAAGCAGCUGAGUUCCAGACACUAUACGAAUUAAGAAGUCAAUAUAUGUAAUUCUGAGAUGACUCGGGUUGGAGAUUCAGUAUUGUGCUAUGACUUUUCUCCUUAUGCAGAGUACCUGUUUGCUUGCAGAGUGGCUUCCUGGCUUGCUGCCAGCUGUGCAUGGUCCACGCUUAUGAGUUCAGGAUCUAUGGCAAUGUGAAUAAUUCAGAUGUUUACAAUCAAAACACAUGAAUAAAUGAAUUCACUAAUGUUAAUGUUAAACUUCAUGGAAAAAAUAGUCCUUUGAACCUUUGAUGGUUAGAAAUUGAAGACCUUGAAUUAUGUGCAAUAAAUAGUAAAUAAAGUUACACUGAAUGACAUUUUUUUGCUGUUGUUGUUGACUUAAUUAACCAUUUUAAAGAAGGCAUCAAUAUAAGCCAUAUAUAAGUGGACUAUUGACCUCCAAUUUUUAAGUCAAAAUUUUAACAAUUAUGCAUUUUUCCCCCUUAAUUGGUAAUUCUGAGGGAUACAAUUGGGUCAUAACCAUUCAUGAAAUUUUGGCCCUCAAAAAUUUUACUGAUAAUAAACCUGAGUAAAUGGGUGUCUUGGGUUCUUUUUCUUUUACAAAUAACCAACUACUUUACCCCGCUAUGAUGUACUGUAUAAUGUUGGACAUGAACUUCUUGGAGGCAAUUCUGAAAUUAUGUGUGAAAAGUACAUUCUUUAUGGCAAAGAGGUAACUUAAACACCACUACACAAUAAAAAUGUGAUUAGGAUAGAACAUGAGUCCUGCCCAUCUAACCACUAUGACCACAUUAAAAUAUAUAGUCUAAAUAUCAUGGGCAGAAGUCAAAACCCAAGCAAAUGAUAUAAUCAGAAGGAAUAAUUUUUUAAAUCAAUGUAUAAUUUUGGAUGGGGAGAAUAAAGAUAUCAAAAGUUAUUUUCAUUACAAACAUGUUGCCUGCAAUCCUGAGCUCAUGAUUCAUGUGUUGUUAGCUUAAUUCUGUUGCUUCAAGAGAGUAAUAUUUAAUGCCACUGGUUUUAAACUUUUUAUGAACUACAGAUACAGAUAAUGAAAUUGUUCUGAGUCACUAAGUGGUGGGGGGGGAUUCUAUAUGCCAUUGCUCUGCAUGUCUAUUGGGAAAUAUUUGGACUUUGGUAACAGGUCUAACUGUUUGGACAUUGCAUCAAAUAUGCACCCUGUUCAUCCUCUCUGUCUGCUGUAAAGUUAUGGAAGCUCUUGCACUUGAGGUGGAAUGUCAAUGAAAUUAUUGAUUAACUGCUGUUCUGCUUCUGUUCUUACAUGAUUGCUUUGUCAGCUAAUUUUGCUUAAUACUUGUUCUUUAGACUUUUAAGUCAUGAAUUUAACCUGAAAGCAAAGUGGUCUCCAUUUAAAGUUAUCUGAUUCCUUCCCAUUACCUAUUUCUAGUUAAUUAUAUGUCAUCACGUAAAUAGGUAAAAAUAUUGCUUUAUCUACCAUGAUGCUAUGGAUUUGAACCUAUGAAAAUUCUCAGUACAUCAGCUUCUGUAAGGACUAGGAGUCACCUCAGAAACCAUGCUUCACAUUUAUGUUCGUUAAACAUGGGAUACUGCACAUGGUAGAUUUCAGAGAGAUGCAAAUUACAUGUAAAAGAGCAACUUUAGCCACAUGGAAACAGCUGGUUGGUUUGACAGUUACUUGACAUAAGAACACUGUACCAUACUCCAUCCUGUGUGCCACAAUAAAAUACUGAAAAACCUAAA